UGUGUUAUUUAUAGAUGAAGGUCCUUCUUCAUUGAGUUGGCCUUCCAAUGUCAAAUUCAUAUAUUUUCUGUUUGAAGAUUCCUGUUAGUAAGGUGUUAAGGAUAAAUAAUAAGUGGUACCUAGUUUCUCUGGAGACUACUUUAUGCUCAGAUUGGAUCCUAGCCAGGCCUCUUUGCCUGCACAUCAGCCUUCCCUCCUCACAUGGGGUUUUGGACCUGCUUUAUAACCAAAGAAAAAAAUUUAAAAGAACAAAGGAAAAACAAAAAAGUAAAGAAGUGUUUGCAGAAGUUUUAAUUAGGAUGGAUUACCUUACUGACAGCAUUGUGAUUAUUUGCGUCACUAGGCAAUAUUUGUCAUAAAGUUUAGUUAAAUAUAUUCAUUCUCAAUAUACAUUGGGUGUGUCCUAGGUCAUUGAACCAAGUGCCAAUGACUAGCUUUAUAGGAGGUUUUGGUAGAAAUAACGAGGCAAACUUAUUAUGGCAAUAUGCAAUCUAUGCUACUAUUUGGUGCAUUUCAUUGGAAUCUAACGCUUGAAUUUGUAGGGGGUUUAUUUGGCUCAGCAGCAGAUUUGGGAUACCAUUAGGUGAUUGGUUUCUGUUUGGCGUAAAGUACAUGUCUUUUUAAGGGGGUUCACUCACUAGAUGUGCAGAGGGAUCGGAAAAGGAUUUGAAAUUGUUGAAAGGUGAGGCAAUUAAAGAUGAGAAAUGUGAUGAAAAGGAUAUGCGUAAAAAGAGGAUAGAGAAAAAGAAGCAGCCAGAGCAACCUGAAAAGGAUCAGCGACAGCGAGAGAAGGAAGCAUCUAAAUUGAAAGAGAAGCGUAGUUUACAAAAGCAAGUUUUAUUCAUGGAGAAUUUUCUUAAAAGAAGCAAAACUAGCCACUCAUUUCAGGAUGACCAAUUCUCGACUAAAUCAGUUACAUGUGAUCCAUCAAUCACAAAGAGUAAAAAUGUGUAUAAGUUAACUACUCUGUCAAUGGAUUCUACUCUUGCAACAAGUAGUGAUAUUACUCUUGAGGAUAUACGCAAGUCACACGUUUCUUUGUGGCAUCAUUUAGGUCAAUCAUUUCGUUCAAAGAGAAAACAGGGAUGGGGCAUACGUCUGAAACCUAAGUCUGAACCUUUUACGGAACUUAAGCUGGCAGAUACCACAGGAGUAGCUCAUUAUGAUGACUUGGCCAUGGAGAAGCCUGUAGAUGGAUUUGGAGAACAUAAUUGUGAUAUCAGAUCAUACCCAACCAAUGAAGAUAGUUCCUAUCUUGUUGCCAAGAAGUGCUGUCGGGGAAAACAGUUAUUGCAGUUUCACAAUAGUUAUAGGCCUGCCUUUUAUGGGAUUUGGUCCAAGAAAAGUCAAGUUGUUGGACCACGCCAUCCUAUUAGGAAGGAUCCAAGCUUGGAUUAUGCUUCAAGUAGCGACGAGGAAUGGUUUGAGGAGGAACCUGGUGAAAUCCUCUCUGAUUGUGAAGAAGAUAAGGAGUCUUCAGUAGAAUUUUCAAAAUCUGAUGAUGAAAAUGACGAUGGAUUUUUUGUACGUGACGGGUAUCUAUCAGAAGAUGAGGGUGUACAGGUGGACAAAGUUAUUGAUGUUGAGGGGGCUGAGAGCUCACGUAGCUGUAAAGAUGACACAGAGAGUGAGGAGUUCUCUGAUUUAAUUCAACGGCAAAAGAAUCUAAACAAUUUGACAGUACAUGCUCUCAAAAAGGAUCAGCCCCUGAUAAUACUAGAUUUGAUGCAUGGCAAGGAAUUGGGUCAAAAUUUCAGUGGUACUCUUAAGCUGGAGCAGAUGUACUUGAAAUCCUUGAGUAUGCGAGCAAUUCCUGGUAGCUUAUGUAUAGAAUUAUCCAUGGAUGAAAUGCUAGAUGAGGACCAAGAAGCCAGGCUCUCUCCUGGAGGAGGAGCUAGCACUUCAAGGGAAAAAGAGCAUGUAUAGCUGUCUUGGAGUUAUUUGCAUAGCAUGAUGCUUUUGGAGAUGUUCACCCUUGUAAAACCAUUUUGAGAGAACUUGUUAUUUUGUUAAAGGCUUCUAAAUCCUUGAUACGUAUUAACAUUCAAGUGUUUUGAAUACUGUAUAUUUCAUUAGAACAUGGAGUA